UGCGCAUGCGCACUAUGUGCGCAGAAACCACUUCAAAUGAACACAAAGAAAAAUAUAUUUUCGUAAAAAGAAGAAAAUAGUUCAUAUCCAAUGUGUAGCAUACUCUAUCAUUAUCAUUGUACCUCUAAUUAGAACAUUCCUGUAGGGAUUGGUAAGGUUUUUUCUUGAGAUAAGUCCUUGAAUGUCUUUUCACGUGAAAGAGCGUUUAUAAGGAGUUCAGUCUUAGAAACCUCUGGCACUUUUAGAAGCGAAAAUAAACGUAGAGGAAUUAUCUGUAGUGUCCCGACAAUUAUAGUAGCCAUUAAAAAAUGGCAGCAUACACAUUACCGGAGGGAUUCUCCGAUUUUGACAUGUUUGCAUUCGGUUCAGCUCUUCUUGUUGGGGGUCUUCUUGGAUUCUUCCUCAACGCCAUUUCAAUAUUGGCCUAUAUUAGCGUAAAGCAAAUGCGAACUCCCAGUAAUUUUCUUGUGUUUAACCUUGCUGUGGCUGACAUUAUGCUCAAUUUAAACGGCCUGAUCGCUGCUUACGCCAGUUUAUUUUAUAGACACUGGCCCUGGGGCCAAGACGGAUGUAGCAACCACGCCUUCAUGGGGAUGACAGCAGUUCUGGCCUCUAUCAGUUUCCUGGCUACCAUCGCCUGGGACAGAUAUCACCAAUAUGUGACCAGUCAGAAGCUGUUUUGGAGCACGGCCUGGACUAUUUCAAUCAUUAUCUGGGGGUUGGCCAUCAUCUGGGCGGCCGUCCCUCUGAUUGGUUGGGGAGUUUAUGACUUUGAGCCCAUGAGGACCUGCUGCACACUAGACUACACCAAAGGAGACAUGGACUACAUUACCUAUAUGGGGGCCCUGACGGUCUUCUACCUCAUCUUCCCUGCUUAUGUCAUGAAGUCCAACUACGACGCCAUUCACGCAUACUUCAAGAAGAUCCACAAGCACAGGUGGAACACCAGCAUACCACUGAGGGUUCUGUUGUUCUGCUGGGGACCCUACGAAAUCAUGUGCAUCUACGCCUGCUUUGGCAAUGCCAGACUGGUCUCUCCAAAGCUGAGAAUGUUGCUUCCUGUUUUGGCGAAAACGAACCCUAUUUUCAACGCGUGGCUCUAUUCCUUUGGGAACGAGUUCUACAGAGGAGGGGUGUGGCAGUUUCUGACUGGCCAGAAGUUUACUGAGCCGGUCGUUGUGAAGUUAAAAGGAAGAUAAAGGAAGUUUUCCAUUCUGACAUUCUAAUUCUAUGGUUACAUUACUGUACAGGCCAUGGAAUUAGAAUGUUCCAUUCUCACAUUCUAAUUCUACGGUUACACUACUGUACAGACCAUGGAAUUAGAAUGUUCCAUUCUCACAUUCUAAUUCUAUGGUUACACUACUGUACAGGCCAUGGAAUUAGAAUGUUCCAUUCUCACAUUCUAAUUCUACGGUUACACUACUGUACAGGCCAUGGAAUUAGAAUGUUCCAUUCUCACAUUCUAAUUCUAUGGUUACACUACUGUACAGACCAUGGAAUUAGAAUGUUCCAUUCUCACAUUCUAAUUCUAUGGUUACACUACUGUACAGACCAUGGAAUUAGAAUGUUCCAUUCUCACAUUCUAAUUCUAUGGUUACACUACUGUACAGACCAUGGAAUUAGAAUGUUCCAUUCUCACAUUCUAAUUCUACGGUUACACUACUGUACAGGCCAUGGAAUUAGAAUGUUCCAUUCUCACAUUCUAAUUCUAUGGUUACACUACUGUACAGGCCAUGGAAUUAGAAUGUUCCAUUCUCACAUUCUAAUUCUAUGGUUACAUUACUGUACAGGCCAUGGAAUUAGAAUGUUCCAUUCUCACAUUCUAAUUCUACGGUUACACUACUGUACAGGCCAUGUAAUUAGAAUGUUCCAUUCUCACAUUCUAAUUCUACGGUUACACUACUGUACAGGCCAUGGAAUUAGAAUGUUCCAUUCUCACAUUCUAAUUCUACGGUUACACUACUGUACAGACCAUGGAAUUAGAAUGUUCCAUUCUCACAUUCUAAUUCUAUGGUUACACUACUGUACAGGCCAUGGAAUUAGAAUGUUCCAUUCUCACAUUCUAAUUCUAUGGUUACACUACUGUACAGGCCAUGGAAUUAGAAUGUUCCAUUCUCACAUUCUAAUUCUAUGGUUACACUACUGUACAGACCAUGGAAUUAGAAUGUUCCAUUCUCACAUUCUAAUUCUAUGGUUACACUACUGUACAGGCCAUGGAAUUAGAAUGUUCCAUUCUCACAUUCUAAUUCUAUGGUUACACUACUGUACAGGCCAUGGAAUUAGAAUGUUCCAUUCUCACAUUCUAAUUCUAUGGUUACAUUACUGUACAGGCCAUGGAAUUAGAAUGUUCCAUUCUCACAUUCUAAUUCUAUGGUUACACUACUGUACAGGCCAUGGAAUUAGAAUGUUCCAUUCUCACAUUCUAAUUCUAUGGUACAUGCUAUAUCCAAACAACAUCAUCAUCAUGCACUCUCAUUGCAGUAGGUUUCACAUUGGGAAGAAUGGUAUUUGUACAAGGUGGUGAACUUAAUGUUAAUGGUUUAUUUAGCUGGCUUGGGAAACCAUGGGUCCAAUGUAGCUUGUCAAUAGCAGUAUGGUGGCUGACUCCAUUCAAAUAGACUUUGGGGAGAGGCACCUGCUAUUAGCUUGAAGGAUGUCUCAUGAUUGACUAGACGUAGGACACUCAGUGACCUACGUUGUAAUACAAAUACCACAGCGCUCUUAAUGCCAUGUUCAUGCUGAGUGAUUUGAAGGUAAUACGACCAGAGAUCAACUUAAAAGUGGACCAAAUUUAAAGGUUCUAGUCAUGUUAAUGUAAUGCCGAUUUUAAAAAUAUUUUUUUUAUAGCCAAUAGCUUUACUUCUAGAAGUUUCCCUUAUGUAUCCCUCCAGCACUGUAAUAAAUACAGCAAGGUGUUCUGUCAGGCAGCAGCUCUUCAA